GCCUAGGGCGUGGCAGCUGUGGAUAAAGGCAGGAGUCUGCCUGGCAGUGCCUGCUUCCCCCCGAAACCUCGCUCAGCCUGGUGAGCCCACAGGGCCAGCGCUCCGACAUGCAAGAGGUGGCCCUGAGCCUGCUCCUGCUCCUGGCAGGCCUGCCUGCCCUGGACGCCAAUGACCCUGAAGACAAAAACAGUCCUUUCUACUACGACUGGCACCGUCUCCGGGUCGGCGGGCUCAUCUGUGCCGGAAUCCUCUGUGCCAUCGGCAUCAUUGUCCUCAUGAGUGGAAAAUGCAAAUGCAAAUUCAGACAGAAGCCCAGUCAUCGUCCAGGGGAUGCCCCGCCUCUCAUCGCCCCAGGCUCUGCCCGUGACUGCUGAGGAUGGAUCGCUGCAGAGGGCCUGUCUCUGCCCCCGGGGCUGGCGCUGCCCAGGACAAAGACAACACCCCCUCCGCAGGGGCUGCAUCUCACCUCUCAAGACAGGGGUCUCCUCCUUCCAUUUCUAACCUAAAACAACCGUGCCUCGUG